CAGCUCUCUCUGGAGGUUCAGAUGUGAUCCCAGGAAUACUACACACUUCCAAUGAAUAGCACCUUUUUCCUUCCCCCUGCAAGAAUUUGCCAUAUGGAAUCUUAGAUCUCAAGGAAACCGUAUUCUACAAAUUGUCUGUAAGGUGUUUGGGUCAUCAUGCCAAUUUUGUUUGCUGUUCUACACCUGUUAGGCAUUCUGUCUCUGACAUGCAGAGCAUCUGGAUCUGACUCAAGUGUUACCACCCCCAUCACCUGUACGACCCGUGGGGCAGACCUGACGGAGGAGAAGCAGUUGGUCCUCUGUCCACCUAACUGCACCCUCUGGAGGGUGUCUGUGUUUGGUUCUCGGGUGUACGCCGCCGUGUCCAGCGUGUGUGGUGCAGCCGUGCACCAGGGGGUGAUAAGGUCCUCGGGGGGACCAGUGAAGGUCCACAAACUGCAAGGCAGACAGAACUACCUCGGCUCCUACUCCCAUGGAGUCCAAUCUCAGGCCCUGUCCAGGUGGACCGCAUCAUUCACUGUGGCCCAAUCUGUUCAUGUGCCCCAGGAGGUGUCCUCCCAGAUAGCCACAACUGUCCUCCCUGCACCAGGACCAGUGAAGAAAACAUUAAAGAAGCCGGUGAAGAAAAUGACUACAGGAGGAAAUAGAGACUGCCAGAUGGAGAUAGCCCUGCUGCUGGAUAGCAGCAACAACAUUGGGCAGCGUCGCUUCAACCUUCAGAAGAACUUCAUCAGCAAGUUAGCGGUGAUGCUAAAGAUUGGACCGAAUGGACCACAUGUUGGUGUGGUGCAAGCUAGUGACACACCUCGGACAGAAUUUCUCCUGACUAACUAUACUCAACCCAAAGAUGUGGUGUUUGCCAUCAAAGAGAUAGCAUACCUGGGAGGCAACACUAACACAGGUAAGGCCAUCAUGCACACGGUGGAGUCCUUCUUCCAGACGGGGAUGAGGAGAGGUCACCCCAGGGUCAUAGUGGUGUUUAUAGAUGGCUGGCCCUCAGACGACCUGGAAGAUGCGGCUGUGCUGGCCAGAGAGUCUGGGAUCAACGUGUUCCUGGUGCCAGUGGCCAAGCCUGCCCUGGAGGAGCUAGGCAUGGUCAGAGACAAGGACUACAUGAAGAAGGCGGUGUGCAAGGACAACGGCUACUUCACAUACGCCAUACCCAGUUGGUUCGGCACCACCAAGCAUGUGAAGCCCCUGGCCCAGAAGUUGUGCUCAGUGGACCAGCUCCUCUGCUCCAAGACCUGCUACAACUCGGUCAACCUGGGCUUCCUCAUUGACGGCUCCAGCAGCAUCGGGGAGGGGAACUUCCGCCUGAUCUUGGACUUCAUUACCUCUGUGGCCCGUAGCUUUGACAUCUCAGACAUAGGGUCACGUGUUGGGGCAGUCCAGUUCACCUAUGACCAGCGGAUGGAGUUUAACAUGUACGACUACCCAGUGAAAGAUGAUGCCCUCAGGGCCUUGCAGGGGAUCCCCUACAUGAGUGGGGGCACGGCCACGGGAGACGCCGUUGCCUAUGCUACCCAGAACCUGUUCCUGGCCCGCAAGGCUGGCCCUGGGAGGAACUUCCUCAUAGUGGUCACUGACGGACAGUCCUACGAUGACGUCAGAGGGCCGGCCCUGGCCGCCCAGAAGGAAGGGAUCACCAUCUACUCUGUGGGGGUGGCCUGGGCUCCAAUGGAUGACCUGCAAACUAUGGCGUCAGAGCCCAAGGAUAGCCACACAUUCUUCACCAGGGAGUUCACUGGCCUGCAGCAGUUCCAGCAGCCCCUUGUAAGGGGCAUCUGCAGGGACUUCACUGAGGCCAACUAGGGAGUGGUAGCAGAGAGAAGCUGUUUGGGCUCGCUGAAAACCCCAGCAAGACAGGAAACAUCUAGAUGGCACUUUAUUUUACAGUACAGAAAUGACCAGGUAUUUACUGAGAAAUAAAAUGGUUACUACAUAGUAAUAACCUAUAAAGUACUUGAUUGUUUCUUUGGGAUUCAUUCAAUCAAGUGCCACCCGAUGGUUGUAUUCUUCAAAGUAGCUAUCAGUUUUACCAAAUUAUUUUCUAUUAAAUACCAGUGCAAACACAAACAAUACCGUAAAAAAUAGAGUGCUAGUCACUGUUCAACACAACCAGAGUACAGCAGAAGCUAACAAGGCAAUAGCAUUGUAGGUUCACGAGUUCUCAGAAAACUAUCAUAGAUCAUCAAGUUGGAUAUUACCUUACUCAACUAGUCUGAUAUCAUUAUUCUCAAUAAUAGACCAUAUUCAUUCAUAGGUUCUCAAAGAUGUGACUAGUUUGGAAUAUUGCACUAUUCAUGUUUUAUCCAAUGUGUAUCGUAACUAUAGUGCAAUACAUUAAGGUAGUUUGUAUUUCUUGAACAAUCCAAAGCAGGCAAACCAAAAAGCACAGAAACAUGUUGCCUAUAGAACAAGGUAUUCCUUCGCUUUCACCCUCAUCAACAAUACAGUUAUCACUUCUCUGCUUGAUAUGGCUUGUAGUCAUAUGUAUGUUAGUUAAAAGGUAAGGGAUGAUAUUUAGGGAAUAAAAGUACCAUUAAUUCUUUCCUAGGCCACAACUGCUAAGCUUCUGUUACCUACAACAGAACGCUUUCCCAAAGCCAGUUUCUCUUGUAUACUGUACCAUACUUAUAGCAUGUUGACCUGUACUUUAUAAAUUACAUUUUUUUUAAUGA